CUGGAACUUCUCAGACAGCCCCUGUCAGCUACAAGGUUUACCAAUCUCAGGCCUGCGCCCCCACCCCCUCCUAACCUCACUAGAAAAAGGGUCUUGAGCUUUGCUCGUCCCCAGCCAACUGGGGUCCCGGAUACUCAGCUCCCGUACACAUCAAAACCCCUCCUUGCCCUCUGAGUGAUCUGAUCCCCAACAAGUAGGAGGUGAGCCAGGCUCCGAAGGUUAGCAUCCUGGAUGCAGAGGCCUUCCUGAGGUCGGGGCCCACAGAGAGGAAGCGAAUUGGUGUCCUGAGAGCUGUCGGCAAAGGGGACAAGUCCAAACCAGGGAAGGGGAAGGCGGGAGGAGGAAGAGUGCUGCGGCUCAAGAGCCCGUGAGAGGACUUUGAGCCAGGAGUGGAGGGGCAAGACGGAGCUCCAGGGCCAGAGACUCAGAGAUCAGAGGAUGCAGUACCGAGGCUUCUUCCUUCUAGCCCUUCUUGCCCUCCUGGCGCUCACGUCCGCAGUGGCCAAAAAGAAAGACAAGGUGAAGAAGGGCAGCCUGGGGAGCGAGUGUUCGGAGUGGACCUGGGGGCCCUGCAUCCCCAGCAGCAAAGACUGCGGCAUGGGUUUCCGCGAGGGUACCUGCGGAGCCCAGACCCAGCGCAUCCAUUGCAAGGUGCCCUGCAACUGGAAGAAGGAAUUUGGAGCCGACUGUAAGUACAAGUUUGAGAACUGGGGGUCGUGUGAUGGAAGCACCGGCACCAGAGCACGCCAAGGGACCCUGAAGAAGGCUCGCUACAAUGCCCAGUGCCAGGAGACCAUCCGCGUGACCAAGCCCUGCACCUCGAAGACCAAGUCGAAGACCAAAGCCAAGAAAGGGAAAGGAAAAGACUGAUCUCAGGAUGCUGGAGAGCCUCUGGCCUACCUGGGUCCCUGAAGGAGGCUUCUCUCCCACGGGCCCAAAAUAGAACCCACCAGUGCCUUUUGUCUUCCACAGCCUUGUCAAUCACGCCCUGCCGCUGCCUUCUCACCCACACCAAGUGCCCAAAGUGGGGAGGGACAAGCACAAGGGAUUCUGGGAAGCUUGAACCUCCCCAGAGGGAUCUGAUUCCCAGCACCCCAUUUUGU